UGACAUCGCAGAUGGGCGACCGUCCAUCGUCCUCGGGUUGAUCUGGACCAUCAUCCUCUACUUUCAGAUCGAGGAGUUGACCAGCAACCUCCCGGCGCUGCAGGCGCUCUCCAACAGCAACUCCUCGCUAGAGAGUCUGGCCAACUCUGAGACAGGAAGCCCCCCCAUGAAGAGGAAGGUGGUGAAGAAGUUUCAGGGCAACGCCAAGAAGGCUUUGCUCCGAUGGGUCCAGUUCACCGCCGCCAAGCAUCAUGGGAUUGAAGUGAGGGACUUCGGUUCCAGCUGGCGCGACGGCGUGGCCUUCCAGUCGGUGGUUCACGCCAUCAGACCGGACCUGGUGGACAUGGAGGCGGUGUGGAAGAGGAGCAACAGGGAGAACCUGGAGGAGGCCUUCGCGCUGGCGGAGAACGAGCUGGGCAUCCCCCGCCUGCUGGACCCCGAAGAUGUGGACGUGGACAAGCCGGAUGAGAAAUCCAUCAUGACGUACGUGGCUCAGUUCCUCAAGCAUUACCCGAACCCCCACCACUCCGAGGCCGACGGGCAGCAGGAUGAGUUUGGCCCCCAAGAUAUAGAGCAGAUGCUUGAGAGAGAGGAGAGGAAGAUGCUGCGGGAGCUCAAGGUGUUUCUGGACCAGCUGGAGAGGGACGUGCUGCGAGCCCAGGGCGCCGAGGGAAACCUGUCAGACAAGUAUCAGGGGUUCAAAACCUUCAACGUCCAGUACGAGAUGAAGAAGAAGCAGACGGACCCUCUGCUGCAGCCGGUCCACAAGGACGGGAAGCUGUCGGUGGACCAGGCUCUGGUCAAACAGGCCUGGGACCACGUCUCUGCCCGGCUGCUGGACUGGCACAUCCACUUGGACAAGUCUCUGCCCGGUCCUCUGGGGAUGAUCGGAGCCUGGCUCCACAGGGCGGAGAUGGCCCUCAGGGAGGACAUCCCUCUGCAGCACGCACACGAGGAGACGGCCAACGUCCUGCACAGGAAACUGCAGCAGCACAAGGAGAUAUUAAAGAACCUGGAAUCGCACCGACAGACCUUCCAGCAGAUCCACAAGGACAGAUCCGUUAACGGGGUACCGGUGCCGCCCGAGCAGCUCCAGGACAUGGCUGAACGGUUCAACUUUGUGUCCACGUCGUCUUACGGACACUUGAUAAAACUGGAAUUCUGGGAAAUGAAGUACCGACUGAUGGCGUUUCUGGUUCUGGCCGAGUCGAAGCUGAAGUCGUGGAUCAUAAAGUACGGCAGACGGGACUCGGUGGAGCUCCUGCUGCAAGGCUACAUCACUUUCACCGAAGGCCACCGAUUCUUUGAGCAGUACGAGAUCAUCUUCACAGCCCUCAAGCAAGCUGCAGAGGUUUAUCUCAAGUCCGACAGCUCAAGGUCUAAGACCUGUAGCAAAGUCGAUGAAGCCGAGGGGGUGAGUAAGUUCCUCCACGACACGACGGCUCAGUGGAAGAACCUGGCGUUGGAGGUGCGCAGCGUCCGCAGCAUGCUGGAGGAGGUGAUCUGCAACUGGGAGAAGUACAGCGGCACGGUGGCGGCGCUGCAGGCCUGGCUGGAGGACGCCGAGCAGAUGCUCAACCAGUCGGAGGCCGCCAAGCGCGAUUUCUUCCGGAACCUCUCUCACUGGAUCCAGCAGCACAUGGACAUGAACGACGCCGGGAAUUUUCUCAUCGAGACGUGCGACGAAACCGUCUCCCGGGACCUGAAGCAGCAGCUUCUGCUGCUGAACGGGAGGUGGAGAGAGCUGUUUGUCAAAGUCAAACACUAUGCAAGAGCAGACGAGGUGGAUAAACUGAGGCAGGACUACCAGGAUGGGAUUAACACCUUGAAGAUAUUCAUGGAUGCAACUAACGAGAAGAUGACUGCUCCGGUCCAGGUGUCGUUCCUCAACGUCAGAGCCUUCGCUCAGGACGUGGAGGAAAUUAAGCACAAAUUUCCAGCGAUGGAAGCGGCCUGCAAGGCGGCAAGCCGCACGGCCCAGCUGCUGAACAAAGACACGCCACAGGAGGAAAUUUCACAAAUGAUGUCGGUGAUGGCGUCCAUCAAAGAGCAGCUGAGUAAGGUGAGGGAGAGGUGUUUGCCUCUGCUGAGGGAGUCCCAGUCCCUCCUGCCUCCACUGGAGGAAAUGGAGAAGAACAUAACAGGCUUCUACCAGGCCCUGGAGAAGGCCAGCCACAUCACCAGCAGCACCGACUCCGACGGGCCAACAGACUUCAAACAGAAGUGCCAGGAGCUGGCGACCUUCACCCACAGCUGCAAGAAGUGCCUGACAGUAAUUGAGCGGAACCACCAGAGCAUCCAGAAGAUAAUGAACAGCAGUAAAACGCUGCAGCACAUGGACAUGGGCCUCCUGCAGAAGAGAGUAGCAGACCUGCAGACCUCCUCACAGGGCAUGAUUAAGGAGUCCACGGAGUGGCGGAAGCACGUGGAGGCGAACAGCAGCCUCAUGAAGCGCUUCGAUGAGUCACGCCUGGAGCUGGAGAAGGUUCUUAAAAUGGCUCAGAGCUGUCUGAUGGAGAGAGGCAACCCGGAGGAGCUGCUGAAGAAGCACACGGAAUUCUUCGGGCAGCUCGACCAGCGGGUCCUGAACGCAUUCCUGAAGGCCUGCGAUGAGCUGACGGAUAUUCUGCCCGAGCAGGAGCAGCAGUCGCUGCAGGAGACCGUCAGGAAGCUGCACAAACACUGGAAGGACGUACAGACGGACGCCCCGUUUCACCUGCUGCACCUGAAGGUGGAGGUGGAGAGGAGCAAGCUGACGGCCGCCCUGCAGGAGUGCCAGGCCGAGGUGACCAGGGAGAACCGGCACCUGGCCGGCAUCGGCAGCGAGCGGCUCGUCAGGGAGCACCGGGCUUUCUUCCGGGAGAAGGGCCCUCAGUCCCUGUGUGAGAAGAGGCUGCAGAUGAUAGAAGAGCACUGCCAGAAACUGCCCGAGGGCGACCCGGCGCUCCGGACCCUCGACGCCGCCAGGAAGGAGUUUGCUGAUGUCCAGGAGGAGAUCGAGGGAACGCACCAGAAGCUCAUGCAGCACCCCGACAAGUGGAAGGAGUACAACAAAAGGUACGCCGAACUUUCCUGCUGGCUGAUAUCGAAGGAGAGCCAGCUGAGGCUGCUGAGAACCCGGGCCAGCGACCCCAGGAAGUACGGCCAGGUGAAGUCCACCAUCACGGAGCUGAGGAACGAUGCAGAGCUGCAGGAGGGGAACCUGGGCUGGCUGAAAGCUCGUAUGGCCACGCUGAUGGAGAUCUGCUCCGACAGCGAUGCCCAGCGGCACGGCAGUGCGCUGAGAAAGCUCUCCUCCGAUUUCAAAGGUCUCCUGGCUUCGCUCUCAGAGGGGGAGAAGAUGGUGCUGGCCGUGGGCGACUGUGUCCAGUUCAGGGAGGAAGUCCAAACCACUCUGGACGACCUGGUUCUGGGGCAGAAAGAGGCCCAGGCUGAGGUCACCAGAAUCCUGGACUGUCCAACUCCCAGAGAGGCCCAGCAAAUGCUUCUCGUUCACCAGCAACAUCUGAAGAGGCUGAAGCUGAAGAGGAAGGACGUCCAGCAGCUGAUCACCAGAGGGCAGCAGCUCCAGGCCGAGGAGGGGCUGGGGGAGACUCUGCAGCAGGAUCUGCAGAGUCUGGAGAACACAGUCAGCAAGAUGGAGCAGAGCAUGGACUCGCAGGAGCAGAGUCUGGAGGUCACACUGGCGGCCUGGCAGGAGUACGACAGCCAGCAGGCAGCCGUCCACGAGUUCGUGCACAAGGCGACGUCCGUGAUGGAGAGAGACCUGAACUUCAGCAGCCCGGAGAGUCUGGCGGUGGAACUGGACCUGGGGAGAAUGCUGCUGAAGCAGUGUGAGGCAGAAGUCUUGCACAUGAACACGUUGUUGAAGAGAGCGACAGAAAUCCAGCUCGGCCCUAAAAACAAGAGUCUGCUUCUGCAACAAGCCCGGUCCCUCAGCGAGCAGGUGGACACGGUGGAAGACGGCCUCAAACAAGACGUCAAGACUUUGGGAGAGAUGAAGGAUCAGUGGGAUCGAUUUGGAGCUGGAUUUGAAACCUUUUCCUUGUGGAUAUCAGAGAAGGAGAAGCAGCUGGACGCCAUGAAAUGCUCCGCUCUGCCCCUCGAGGAGCAGAUCACAAAAGUCAAGGCUGUUGUGUCAGAGGUUCAGGACCGCGCCGAGGUUCUGUCUCAGCUGGAGUCGGACUCCCAGACGCUGGCCCAGUUCGUCUCCUCGGGGGAGGCGGCUCGCAUCAAGGCCCGUCUGACCCAGAUCGGCAGGUACUGGGAGGAGCUGAAGGAGAACGUGCAGCAGCUGGACGGGCAGCUGGAGGAAAGCUCUUCCCACCAGCAGAAGUUCAGGACGAGCCUGGAGGAGGCUCAAGCAUCUCUGAGGGAGCUUCACGCAAAACUGGAGGAUCCCGUCAAAUCCUGCACCUCCUCAUCCGAGACCUACAAAGCUCUUCAAAUCCACACGGACGUCUGUCAGAGUCUGGAGCAGCUGAGGGGAACCUUGCUGACGCUGUCGGCCGGCGCCCGGCGACUCAGCGACAAGGAGCAAGCGGCGAGGACGGUGGCGGAGCUGAACGGCAGCUACGAACGCACCAUGCAGGAGGCCAAGGACAAGCAGGGACACAUGGAGAACCUGCUGUCUCUGUGGCAGAAGUAUGAAAAACAGCUGUCCAACUUUGCUUCCUGCCUGGAGAGAAGCGAAGCUGCAUCCAAACCCGAGAGUCAGUGGCUCCCGGCUGAUAAAGCCAAACUACGCGCCGAGACGCAGGACUUACAGGCCCUGCAGCCGGAGGUCCAGUCCCUGGAGAAGGCUCUUUCAGACCUGGUGUCUCUGGGAACGUCGCUGCAUCCCACUGCCCCCGAGGAGAGAGUGGCUCAGCUGCAGGAGGAGCUCCACGGCCUUCAUGACAGACUCCUCCUCCAACUGGAACUCCUCCCACAAAGAAUUGAAGCGCUGCAGCAGCACCUUUCUCUGGUGGAGCAGUUCGACCAGGCUCUUCUCAAGUUCUCCCAGUGGAGCGAGGGCGUCCUCGCAAACAUGCACUCGGCUUCCCAGAUCCAGAUAAGCGACCUGCAGUCCACAGCUGGACAAGUAAAGGAAACCCAGCUGGCCCUGCAGAAGCAGUCCAGCGUGAAACAGAGCUUGGAGCAUCAGACGGAGAAGCUCUGUCGCUUCUGCGAGCCCGGCGACGCGCAGCUCCUCCGCAACCGGGCGGACAGCUGCCUGCAGCCGUACGUGGAGGCGCGGCGCAUGGCCGAGCUGCAGCUGGAGUGCCUGGAGCGGCUGGAGAACUUCCUGCAGAGCCACGCGGCGGCUGGCGGCGUGCUGCGGGGCCUGAGGCAGACGGUGGAGAGCGCCGGCAGCUGGGACCGCGGGAGGGUGGAGGAGCUGCAGCAGGAGCUGGCCGCCGUCGUGCCGGACAUAAACCAGCUGGAGAGCUUAGCCAUCAGCCUGGACAGCGGCCUCUGCAAGGGCCACCUCCACAUCGGCGGAGAGGAGGGUUCCCUCAAGUCGUGCCGCACGCUGGCCGAUUCGCUCAGCGCCGAGCUGGACGCCGUCAGGAACCUGCUGGGCACCAAGCAGAGCGAGGCGGAGGCCCUGGGAGCUCUGUGGAGCUCCUUCCGGCAGCGCAAGGAGCAGCUGCUCAAGGCGGUGGAGGACAUCGAGGAGAAGGCCGACCACCAGACCUUGAAGGAGCCCAGCCUGCACGCGCUGCAGCUCCGACUUCGGUUUUUCAACCAGCUGGAGGACGAGCUGCAGUCGCACCAGCACGAGGAGCAGUGGCUGCGGGACAAGGGGAAGCAGCUGGCGCAGCGCGACGCCGAGCUGGCCGGGGAGGUGCUGCGGGAGAUCGGCCUGCUGGAGGACACGUGGGACGACACCAAAAGGCUCAUCACAGAAAGACAGGAACAGUGUCACGGCCUCGCCGAGCUCAUGAAGGAGUACCAGGUCCUGAAAACAGCCAUCGGUGGAGUUAUUGACAGCGCCGAACCUCUGGUGGACAUCAGCUCUGUCCUCAAGGACCACGAGGAGACCAAGAAGUCCCUGACCAAGCACGAGGUGGUGAAGGCGGAGAUGAGCGGCAGGCAGCGGGAACUGGACCAGUUUUCUGGUAAAGGGAAGAUGCUGGUGGUGGACCUGAAGAAGAUCCCCGAGUGCGACGGUCAGGUGAUCAAAAAAGACUUGGAGACAAUCGUCGAUCAGUGGCUGGAUAUGUCGGAGCGGGUGGACGGCAACAUCGAGCGGCUCAGCCGCAGUCUGGGAGUGUGGGAAGACGUGCGGAAGAUAAGCCAGGACGUUGAGAGCUGGACGAGCGGCUGCGUGAUCGAACUACAUGAAAACCUGAGCAACUUCAACGACAGCCAGAAGGUGUCGGCAAGACUGGCCGUCUUACAGGCAGAAAUAAGCGAGAAGGAGGAGAAACUUGAAACCCUGCAAAGCAAAGUGUCAGAGCUGAAGAAGUGCAGUGGAAGUCUGGAGACGCCGGCUAAAUUACAGGUGCUGGAGAACGACCUCCGGAAGAAGAUCUGCACCGUCAGAAAGCUUCACGAUCAGGCCAGAGGAAACCUGGCGGACUUCAGCUCCCAGCAUGCACAGCUGCAGGACUACAUCUCCCAGAUGUCUGCGUGGCUGAAGAGCAUGGAGGAGUCUUUGGCUUCUGCUCCGGCCAGCUCCAACCCGGAGGACAUCUGCAGAGUGAAGGAUCUCCAGAAGGAGCUGCAGAAUCAGCAGGGCAGCAUCGACUCCACCAGGGAAAGCCUCAACAACCUGUGCAGGAAAUACCCGUCGGAGGAGCUGGCGGGUCUGGGCUCGUCUCUCACCGACCUGAUCAAGACGUACGAGUCGGUGAACCAGCUGUCGGCCCGGACGCUGAGCUCUCUGCAGAGCUGCCUCCAGCAGCAGUUCAAUGACCUCGUGCAGGACUUCCACGUCUGGCUCUCAGAACAAAGGGAGAUAGUGAAAGAGUGCUCCGACCGAUCGGGAGACGCUCAAAUCGUGGACCGCAAACUACAGAAACUGAAGGGGGCCAUGGAGCGCGUGGAGGAGGGCGAGCUCCGUCUCACCCAGGUCUGCGAGGAGGGAGAGAAGCUGCUCCUCCACCUCCCCAAGGCCAGCGCGGGGCAGGUCCAGCAGCACCUGUCCUCCAUCCAGCAGGACUGGGACGGCUUCGUGGAGCAGGUCCGGCAGAACCAGCAGAUCCUGGAGGACAGCGCCGUGCUGGUCAAGGGAUUCGAGGGCCGCCUCAAGAAGCUCCGGUGGUGGUUGGAGAACAUGGAGAAGAGACUGACGACGGAUCUCAUGGAAGCCAAACAGCACGGUCCGGAAAAGGCCGUGCUUGAGCAAGUGGAGGAAUACCAGCAGGAAGUGCUCAAAGAAGGGGAUUCAUUCGAGCGGCUCUGCCAGGAGGGCCAGGCGCUGAACGAGGGCGGGCGAGGCGACGGCAGCGAGACCCGGGUCUCGGCUCAGCUGCAGUCUCAACACCAGGCGCUGCUGAGACACGUGAAGGAGCGUCUGCGCAGCUGCCAGCUCACGCUGCAGGAGCAGCAGGCCUUCGAGGAGACGCUGCAGGCCACCUGGGCCUGGCUCAACGCCGUCCAGGAGCGCCUGGCCUCCCUCAACAGCACCGUCGGCAACAAGGAGACCCUGGAGAAAAGGCUCGGCCUCGUUCAGGAGAUCCUGCUGAUGAAGGGCGAGGGCGAGGUGAAGCUCAACAUGACGGUGGGGAAAGGAGAGCAGGUGCUGAAGCACAACAGGAUGGAGGGGCAGGAGGCCAUUUGUUCGCAGCUCCAGAGCCUGAAGGACGCCUGGGCCAACAUGCUGAUGACGGCCAUGAGCUGCCACAGCCGCCUGGAGUGGACGGUGUCCCAGUGGAGCAGCUUCCAGGAGAAUAAGAGCCAGCUGCAGCAGUGGAUGGAGUCGCUGGAGCAGGAGUUAGGGAUGACUCUGCCGCAGCAGCCGGGCCUCAAGGAAAAGUCUGCCUUGCUGGAGCGAGUGAGGGCCAUCCAGGCCGACGUGGAGGGCCACGCCGCCGCUCUGUCGCGUCUCACGGACAAAGCGGUGGAGAUGCACGAAAAGACCGGCGACCAGACGUUUGGACCCGAGUCGAGGGGGGAGCUCAACGCACACUUCACCGACAUCACAGCUGUUGUCAAGGGAAAAGUCCAGUCCAUGCAGAACAUCGUGUCGGAGCACGAGCAGUACCUGGAUGCCGUGAGAGACUUCAACGACUGGCUGGUUUCAGCCCGAGAGGAGCUGCAGCGCUGGUCCGACCUGUCGGGAGACUCCGUCAACAUCAAGCGGAAGCUCUCCAAAGUGCAGGAACUGCUAAACUCCAAACAGCGGGGCAGAGAGCGGCUGGGCCGAGUCCAGAGAUGCGGCGCGGUGGCCAGAGACUACACCGGCUCGGGGGGCUACGAGGCCCUGGAGCGGGAGGAGGCCGGCCUGCUGUCGGCGUACGAGCAGUGGGAGCGCGGCGCGCUGCAGACCCGCGCUAGCCUGGAGACCACGCUCUCGCAGAUCUGCAGCUCCGAGCAGGAGUUCGGCAGCCUGUCGGGCCAGCUGGAGCAGAACCUGCAGGACUUCAGCCGGCAGCUGCACGACUGGCGGCUGCGCCUGGGCCAGGCCGAGGCCCAAAACGAUGGAGAGGACGCUGUCAAGGGCUGGCAGCUGGCAAAGGACACUUUGGAGGAACUUGUCAAAGCCGAAGCAACGUCUGACAGUCUGAAAACCCAACUCAACGAUCUGUGUCGGUUCUCUAGAGACAUGGGCUCCCAGUCCGAGAGGGUGUCGGGCCUCAUGAAGGAUUACAACAGCCUGAGUCUCCAGGUUUCCAGGGAGUGCCAGAGCAAAGAGAAGCUGCUGGAGCAGGGAUUUCGCUCGGCCUUCAGAGAGUUCCAGCAGUGGCUGGUCAACGCCAAGAUCAACACCGCCAAGUGUUUCGACGAGCCACAAAACCUCAGCGAGGCCUCCUCCAGUCUGCAGAAGAUUCAGGAAUUUCUCGGUGACAAGGGGCAAGGGCAGUCCAAGCUGAACGCCGUGGUCGUGAGCGGCGAGCGCGUCUGCGGCACCGCCUCUAAAGAUAAAACCGACGCAACUCGGACGAAGACGAACACGGCUAAAGAAGACUGGAAAAACAUCAUGUCCAGUCUGCACAACCGAGAGACCAGUCUGCAAAACCUUCUUUCCCAGAUGAAGGAUUUCGAGGCGAGUGCGGAGCCGCUUCAGGAGUGCUUGAACGCCACGGAGCUGGCUGUGCAGGAGAGCAGCACCAGGCUUCACGAUCUCACCGCCAAGAAGCUGGAGCUUCACAAGCUGCAGUCUGUGCUUGAGGAUUUAGCCUCUCGCGAGGUUCAGCUGAACAGGCUGAAAGAGAAGGCCCAGCUGUUGUGGGACGAGCACUCGGCCGGCAAGGGUUUUGUGCACCGCGUUUCGCAGCUCUCUGCUCAGUACCUAGCUCUAACCAACCUGACCAAGGAGAAGGCGUCCCGGAUCGACCGGAUCGUGACCGAGCACCAGCUCUUCUCCCAAGGGCUGAAGGAGCUGCAGAACUGGGUGGCCGACACCAGCCACAUGCUGCAGUCGUACUGCGCCCCGACCGCUGACAAAAGUGUUCUCGAUAGCAGGAUGAUCAAGCUGGAGGCUUUGCUGACUGCUCGUCAGGAGAAGGAGAUCCAGCUGAAGAUGCUGAUCACCAGAGGAGAGUCGGUUCAGAGGAACACUUCGGCUGAGGGAGUGCCCGCCAUCCAGAAACAAAUACAGGAACUGAAAGACUCCUGGGAUGCCCUGCACUCGGCCUCGAUCCUGUGCAAAAGUCAGCUGGAAGGUUCUCUGUCCCAGUGGACCAGUUACCAGGAGGACGUUCGCCAGUUCGUGGCCUGGAUUGAGCGCAUAGAGGAGAGCCUGGAAUCCACUGACAAACAAUGUCCGGAGAUGAGAGACAAAACCGCGAAUCUCAGCAAAGCAAAGUUACUGUAUGAGGAAGUGCUCAGCCACAACACCCUGCUGGACACCAUCACCGCCAAGAGUGCAGGAAUCACCGAGAAUUACGUCACUCAGCUGGAGAUCCAGGAACUUCAGGAGCAUUACAACACGGUCAAAGACAAUGCUUUGAGGGCAGUUGGCCGAGCGGAGGAGUCGGUCAAAGCCCACCAGGAGUAUCAGCGAGGCCUUCGCGCGUUUGAGGAUUGGCUGGAACAGGAACAGGAGAAGCUUGGCUGCUACACCCAACUGGAGGGAGACGUUGAUAUGCUGGAGGAGACUCUGCAAAAGCUGCAGGAGCUGCAGCUGCACUGCACCGAGGGCCAGGCUCUGCUCAACACCUUACUGGUGAGUCGGGAGCUGGUGGUUCCGUCGGGGGUUCCCCAGAUGGAGGACCGAGGCCUGGAGACGCUCCAGCAGGAGUGGAGGCUGUACCAGGCCCGGCUGGCCGACACCCGCGCUCAGCUCAACAGCGCGCUGGCCAAACUCCGGCAGAUGGAGCAGAAGUUCCAGCGUCUGGACAGCUGGCUGAAGGUCAUGGAGACCAAGGCGCAGCUGCGGAGUCACCGGCGGUCGGACCGGGCCACUAAAGACGCGCAGCUACAGAUGAUUAAGAGCUGGCAGGAGGAGGUGCUGGUUUACCAGGAAGAGAUGGAGGGCCUCACUCUCUUGGCUCAGCAGGUUCUGGAUGAGACGCAUAUCAGCAGCCGGAUCAGUACCAGAGCCACCCGGAUCACAGCCCGCUACCACGCCCUGCUCCUGCAUUUACUGGAGACGAUCAAACAGCUCCAGGAGGAGGUGUCCUGCAUCGAGGAAGCACAGUCUGUCUUCACCACCUUCUCCGACUGGCUCAGCACCACUCAGAACAACUUCAGCACCGUGGCUGUUAGCGUUGAUAUAGUGGACCGCUUCGCCAUGGAACGGAAAAUGAAGAAGCUGGAGGCUCUUCAGGGCGACAUGGAGCAAGGCCACGUUUAUCUGAAGACCAUGAGGGAGAAGACGGAGCGAGCCAUGGCCUUCCUGGAGGAGCGAGAAGCCGAGCAGCUGAAGGAGGAGGUGGACGGCCAGCUCUCCCAGCUCGAGGGCUUGAUGGCAGCCCUGCGGACGGAGCUCAGCUCCCUGGAGAAAUGCAUCUCCCUCUCCAAAGACUUCAUGGAUAAAUACAAGGGCCAGGCCCAGUGGGUGAUGGAGACCAAGAACCUUUUAGCAUCAACCGUGGAGCCUAAAGCUGAACUUUAUCAGAAGAAAGCUCAGCUGGCAAAGUACAAGACCAUCCAACAAACGGUACAGUCUCACGAGUCAACAGUGAAAUCUGUGAUUGAGAAAGGAGGAGCGCUGCUGGAUGUGAUCAACGACCCCACAGUCAGUGAAAACAUGAAGAGGUUACAGGCCGACUACCAAGACCUCUGUCUGGCAGCAAAGACACAUGUCCAGAACCUGGUGGAGUGGGUGAAAGAGCACGAGGACUACAACGGGGAACUGCAGGAAGUUGAACGAUGGCUGCUACAGAUGUCCAGCCGGCUGGUGACCUCCGACUCCAUGCAGACCAGCAGUAUGGAGUCGGCUACUCAGCAGCUCGCCCGACACAAGGCCAUCAUGGAGGAAAUCUCCAGUUUUGAGGACCGUCUCACCAGCUUGAAUCAGAAGGGAGAAGGUCUCGUCGCCAGCUGUACGGACCAAGUUCAGGUUAAGAUCAGUCAGCAGGUCCAGGCUCACCAGCAGGGAACCAGAGACAGCUACUCUGCUAUUUCCAACACUGCCCAACGUGUGAGUUACCAAACACAUCAGAGCCUUUCCUGUUUGUCUGAAAGCUUCCCAGAGAUUAUUUUGGUUAAUAUUGGUGUUGUUGAACAGGUGUACCAGAGUCUGGACCGGGAGCUGCAGAAACACGUGAGCCACCAGGACACUCUGCAGCAGUGUCAGACCUGGCUCCUCACCGUCCAGGAGGAGCUGCAGCUCAACGACCAGGGGCCGUCCGGCCUGCAGGAGGCGCUCAAGCAGGUGAAGCACUACCGAGCCCUGCAGGAGCAGGCGAGUACGUACCUGGACCUGGUGUGUUCUGUCUGCGACCUGUCCGACGACGCCGUGAGAGUAGCGGCUGCCGAGGUCCAGCAGAUCAAACUCACGAUAGAAGAAAGGAUGUCCAGCGCGCAGCAGCUUUCGGAGGGAUGGAGAGAGAUCAAGGAGCAGAAACAAGACCUGACCAGUUUGUUCCAGGACAUGGAGCAGCAGCUUCUCAGUCUCUCCCGGCGACCGGCGGAGCUGGAGACCAAGAUCGCUCAAAACAUGCUCGUACAAGCCAAAGAAUGCUGCCAGCAGCUGCAGUCCAAGCAGAACAUCCUCACCAGGAUGACGGAGACGGUGAGCCGGCUGACCGGCGGCCAGGAGUCUCCCGAACACGCAGAUCUGGACCGGCUGAACCAGUCCUGGCUGGAUCUGUGUCAGCAGGCCGACAAGCUGCAGGGCCAGAGGGACGGGGACCUGCAGAGGGCCAGAGAAUACCACGACUGCAUCGCCGCCGUGGAGCUGCUGUUCGAGCAGGUGUCCAAGGUGUGGGACAACCUGGCCAGAACGGACGCUGAGAGUUCGUCCCAGCAUCUGGAGGCGCUGCGUAAACUAGCGGUGACGCUGGAGAAGCAGAAAGGUUCCCUGGACGAGCUGAAGGAGCAGAAGCAGAAGGUGAUCCAGCACCUGAACCUGGACGACAGGGAGCUGGUGAAGGAGCAGAUCAGCCACUUCGAGCAGCGCUGGUCUCAGAUGCAGAACCUGGUGGAGAGGAAGAUCCAGGACUCGGUGGUGACGCUGGAGGAGAUGGGCCAGGUGGAGGCCCGGCUGCGGGAGGCCCGGGACUGGGCGGAGGAGCAGCAGCCGGCCCUGUCGGAGGCCAUGAAGAUGAGCCCGCCGCCCGAGCUGGCGCAGAGCUUCCUGUUCGACCACCUGAGCAUCUGCAGCGAGCUGGAGGCCAAGCAGCUGCUGCUGGGCCAGGCCAUGGCCGACUCCGACCGAGUGCUGGCCCGGCUGGGCCUCAGCGAGCGCCAGCACCUGCAGCAGCUCAUCUCCCACACGCAGGCAGAGGUGGAGUCCCUGAGCGUCAAGGUGGUGCAGCGGCGGAAGCACCUGAGCAAGGCCUUCACGGAGAGGACGGCGUUCCUGAUGGCGGUGGGCCAGUCCAUCGGCUGGGUGCAGCAGAACGAGAAGAAGGCCCAGGCGGAGGAGUCCACCGCCCUGCUGCCCGACGACCUGGCCAAGCAGGUGCGCACCUGCCGGAACAUCCAGAGCAGCCUGAAGGCGUACCAGAGCGAGCUGACGUCGCUGUGGUCCCAGGGCCGCGACCUGAUGAGGGACGCCAGCGACGAGGAGCGGAACGAGAUCCUCACCAAGCUGCAGGAGCUGCAGAACAUCUUCGACCGGACGCUGCACCGCUGCGGCCAGAAGCUCCAGGAGCUGGAGAAGGUGCUGGUCUCCAGGAAGUACUUCAAGAUGGACCUAGAGAAGAUAUGCCAGUGGUUGAAGCAAGCCGACAUCGUCACCUUCCCCGAGAUAAAUCUGAUGGUGGGCGACGGCGAGCUGGAGGCGCAGCUGCUGAAGUACCAGCAGAUAAUCGAGCAGGCCAUCGACUACGAGAACCUCCUGCUGGUGGUGCAGAGAAACGGCCAGGAAAUCCUGCCCACGCUGAACGAGGUGGACCACUGCUUCCUGGACGAGAAGCUCAACUCGCUGCCGCAGCAGUACAACGGCAUCCUGGCGCUGGCCAAGGAGAAGCGGGAGAAGAUCCAGCAGGCCAUCCUGGCCAGGAACGAGUACACCUCCUUCAUCGACGUCACGCACAAGGCGCUGACGGAGCUGGAGGAGCAGUUCAACGGCCUGGAGGCGCAGCCCGCCGGCCUGCAGACGGAGGAGGUGCUCAGCCUGCAGGGCGACUACAAGGCCAUCCAGGCCGACCUGAGCCACCUGGGGCUGGCGGUGAGCGAGCUCAACCAGAAGAAGGAAGGGUUCCGCAGCACGGGGCAGCCGUGGCGGCCCGAGGAGAUGACCCAGCUCGCCAGCCUGUACAACGGGCUGAAGCGGCUGGUGGAGCAGAAGGUGGAGCACCUGGACGAGACCCUGGAGUCCUUCGAGGACCACAAGGCCAUGGCCAUGCAGAUGGACUCGGAGCUGAAGGCCACCAAGGAGCAGCUGGUGAAGGUGAACGCCGAGACCCAGUCGGCCGAGGAGCGGCUGAAGAACUACCACGCCCUGGCCGGGAGUCUGCAGAGCGCCAACUCACACCUGUCCAGGCUGAUGGAGCAGAUGGACACGCUGGCGCCCCGCGUGGACCGGGCGGCCCACGACGCCUCCAAGGAGCAGGUGGUGCUGUGGCAGGAGGAGCUGCGCUCGCUGCAGUCGGCGGUGGGCGACCUGAUUGAGGAGUGCGAGAACCGCUUCAUCCAGAGCAAGGACUUCGAGACGGAGAUGGAGAAGACGCUGGGCUGGCUGCAGCAGGUCCGGGACGAGCUGGACUGCGCCGUGAUCGUGGACGUCCGGGUGGAGAAGGUGCAGGAGGAGAUCCGGAAGCAGCAGAUCAUGCAGGAGGAGGUGCAGUCCAGGCUGAGGAUCGUGGCGGCGCUCAGCAGCAUGGAGAAGCAGGAGUUCCUCAGCGCCAACGAGCUGGUGCCGGUUCACCUGGACACCCGGCUGGAGGAGAUGGCCAAGCUGCAGGCCGACGUCCAGAAGGCUCUGACCGGCAAACAGAUAACUCUAGAGGAAGCGCUGGUGCUGUGCCAGAAGUACCACUUCAGGAUGCAGUCGGCGUGCGAGUGGCUGGAGGACGCCGUGUCGUUCCUGCAGCAGGCCGGCCUGGGCGUGGACGUGGAGAACUACGAGGAGUGUCUGCGGCAGCAGGCCGGCAUCAUGGCCACGGAGCAGGAGUUCCUCCUGCACCUGGAGGAGCUGCAGGCGCUGCUGCCGUCGCUGGAGACGCUGGUCAACCCCACGGCCCGCGAGCAGCUGCGGCUGAGCGUGGAGUCGGCCAAACACCGCGGCGUGGAGGUGCGGGACCAGCUGCAGUGUCACCAGGACGUCCUGCACAGCUGCGUGGCUCAGUGGAAGCAGUUCCAGGAGGCCAGGCAGACCGUCAUCGAGCUGAUGAACGAGGCUGAGAAGAAGCUCACCGAGUUCUCCACGGCGAAGGCGGGAACGGGCCAGGAGGCCGAGGAGAAGCUACGCGGUCAACGGUCGCUGGUGUCGCUGGUGAGCGGCUUCCAGGAGAAGCUGAGCGGCCUGGAGGAGCAGGCGGCGCAGCUGGAGCUGGUGGGCAGCGACGCCAGCAAGGCCACCAUCAGCCGCUCCAUGACCACGGUGUGGCAGCGCUGGACGCGGCUGCGCAGCGUGGCGCGAGGACAGGAGCGCGUCCUGGAGGACACGGCGCAGGAGUGGAGGACUUUCAGGGAGAAGAUGGUGAAGGUCCGAGCCGUCUCUGAUGAGCUCCAGAGUCGUUUCCCCGACAGCGCCAUAGAAAAGGCGUCCAAAGCCACGUUGCAGUCCCUGCUGGACCAGCACGAGGUGCUGAGCCAGGACCUGGAGCGGGAACUGUCCUCCCUGGCGCUGCUGCGCCAGUACGCCCUCAGCCUGCUGCACGACGUGGAGGUGCCGUCGCCCACCAACGACCAGGAGGAGCUGCCCAGCCUGAAGGAGAUCCGGGCCGUCCAGGACCAGAUGGAAAGCCUCCUGACGCAGUCCCGGACCAAGCGGGCUCAGACGGCCCAGGAGCUGAGGGAGCGGGAGGACGUGGAGAAGGAGCUCAGCGUGGUGAAGGCCUGGAUCCAGGAGACCCGGGAGCUGCUGCUCAACCCCACGCCGGACAUCGACUCCCUGCUGCAGGAGCUGGAGAUCCUGCACGGGGAUGUGAUCACGUACCGCCAGAACGUGGACAAACUGGCGGAGCAGCAGCAGAGCAAGUACCUGGACCUGUACACCAUCCUCCCCUCGGAGAUCUCCAUGCAGCUGGCCGAGGUCUCUCUGGCGCUGGGCGCCAUCGAGGAUCAGGUUCUCUCCAAGGAGAGGGAAAAUCAGAAAACCAGAGAAAUAAAGGAGGACUUCAGCUCCAGGAUCCACGACAUGUCGGAGAAGCUGAAGGCGAUCUCCAAUAAAUUCAGGGAGAAAUCUCCUGAUGUGGAUCAUGCCAAAGAAGAGGUGAAGAGUCUGCUGGACGACCUGGACUCCUGCGGCCGCAGCCUCUCGGAGCUGGACGUCGGCGUGCAGGAGUUCGGUCGCAGGAACCCGCUGCUGGCCAAGCAGCUCAGCGACGCCAUCAGCAAGCUGUCGGAGAUGCAUCACCACACGUCGCGGCUGGCGGACUGCAGGAACAACUGGCUCAAGAAGGCCGUCUGCUACUUAGACGAGUAUAAUGAGAUGCUGGACUUCAUUGUGAGGUGGUCUGAGAAAGCCAAGAGCCUGGUGAGGGCAAACAUCAUCUGGAACUCCACCGUCCACCUCCAGGAGCAGAUACGGAUGUACCAGGCCGUGCUCCGGGAGUCUCGGGAGCUGCACGGAGACCUGGAAUCGAUGGCGGAGAAGGUGGACCUUCUGUCCGAGGUGCUGCAGGUGGAGACCAUGAGCCAGCAGGUCUGUGAACUCAGUCGGCACACGGACGAGCUUCAGCAGAGCAUCAAGACUCAGCUGCAGAGCCUGCAGGACGCCGACAAGAGCAUGGAGGCGUUGGAGUAUGAAGUCAAGGCUCUACACGUGGCGCUGGAGCAGGUCCAGGCCAUGCUGACGUCCCCAGAACUGGCCCGGCAGAGCCUGAAAGAGCAGCUGGCCCAGAGACAGCGUCUUCUGGCCGACAUGGAGAGCUUCAAGCAGCAGGUGCAGGCCGUGCAGAUGUGCCAGAGCGCUCUGCAGGUUCCAGAGGAGGUGAUGCCCAACCUGGCCAUCUGCCGCACGGCUCUCCGUCUGCAGCAGGAGGCGAGCCAGCUGCAGCACGUGGCCAUACAGCAGUGCAACAUCCUACAGGAGGCAGUGGUUCAGUACGAGCAAUACGAACAGGAAGUGAGGGAUCUUCAGAGGCUGAUUGAGGAAGCACAUCGGGUCAUUCAGGACCGACCGAUUCCGACCAAUAACAUCCAGGAGCUGCAGGCUCAGAUCCUCCACCAUGAGGAGCUCGCCCAGAAGAUAAAAGGUUACCAGGAGCAAAUCGCUUCGCUGAAUUCAAAGUGCAAGAUGCUGGCGGUGAAGGCGAAGCACGCCACCAUGCUGCUGACGGUGAGCGACGCUGAGGGGCUUCCUGAGGGGCUGCAGGACAUCGACGCCGACGCAUCCAAGAAGUCUUCAGAGAAGCCUGUCAUAAUGACGGCUGGCCGCUGUCACACUCUGCUGUCGCCUGUAACCGAGGAGUCGGGCGAGGACGGCACCAACAGUGAGCUUUCCUCUCCUCCUGUGUGCCGCUCUCCUUCUCCUGUCACUCACAGCGAAGCCGCUGUCUCCAAGACGGGGCGUGGAAGGCUCACUCGAGCUCCGAUCCAAGAGUUAUACGAUCCCACAUUCGAGUCUGUGGCCCACCUAGAUGAUCUGCAGCGCUCGUGGGAGACUUUAAAGAAUGUGAUCAGUGAGAAGCAAAGAUCUCUGUACGAAGCUCUGGAGAAACAGCAGCAUUACCAGGGUUCCCUCCAGUCCAUCUCGUCUAAGAUGGAGACGCUGGAGGCAAAACUCAGCGAGCCUGUCGCCGCGGACCGGAGUCCAGACAGCCACAUGAAGCUGCAUGAGGGCCUGCUGGAGGAGAUCCAGAGCGUGCAGGGGGAGAUCAACAGGCUGCAGACGAGCUUCACGGAGGACAUGGCUGCCAACGCCGUGGACUCGGAGAUGGCCGACAGGCUGGCGAUGCAGUCGUCCCUGGCCGUGCUGGCGGAGAGGAUGGCAACGAUCCACAUGAAGGCUUCAGGAAAGCAGCAGCUGCUAGAGGAGCACGCCAGCGACCGCCUGGAGGGUCAGCGCCACGAACAGGCCAUACAGAUCUAUCGUUUCCAGGCGGAUGAAUUAGACCAGUGGCUGGCCAGAGCCCGCGAUGCGGUAACCGUCAUCCUGGAACCUGAACCUGCAGAGGAGACGGAGGAUGAAGAUCAGCUGGAUGAGUGUCAGAGCAUGCUGCUGGAGAUCGAGGAGAAGGUGCUGGCGCUGUCGGAGCUGACGCUGCGCAGCGAGAGCCUGCUGCUGGAGGGCCGGGCCGGCACCAGGGAGGAGGCCGAGCAGCUGGCCCAGAGGCUUCGCACCCUGAAGGGCGGCCUGAUCGAGCUGCAGCGGAUGCUGCAGGACAAGCAGAGCGGCAUCCAGGGCUCGCUGCAGGAACCGGACGACAGCGAAUCGGACUCCAGUCUCUCCCAGAGUCCCAGCGUGCAGGACUGGCUGGCCCAGGCCCGGACCACGCGCUCCCAGCAGCACCAGGACAGUCUCCAGCGGCAGAGGGAGCUGGAGGAGCAGCUGGCCGAGCAGAAGAAGCUGCUGCAGUCCGUCGCCAGCAGGGGAGAGGAGAUCCUCAUCCAGCAGGCGUCUCCCAGCAGCGGCAGCACCACGGAGCCCUUCUCUCCGGAGGCUCUGGCCGAGGCCGGACGGGAGCAGAUGAGGCACCGAUGGGAGAGUCUCCGGCGGGAGCUGAAAACCAAACUGCAGCUGCUGCAGAAAACCCUGGAGCAGGACCAGAAACAGCCGGUUUUCUCCAGAGUUUCUCGCGUGACCUCCGCCGGGUCGCCGUUCAAAGGAGAGACCCGGGCGGAUAAAUCCUCCCUGAAGACCCUGUACAACAGCUUCAGACAGACCGUGGAGGAUAUGACCAUUCAGCCCCGUGAUGGAGGCGAGACGGCGGUGGCAGAGAUGGAGCAGCAGCUGUACACAGCCGUGUCCUCCACCUCCUCCUGGCUGGACGGAGUGGAGAACAAUGUGUUCUCCGGGCCGGUGCUGCUGGCGGAAAACGCCGAGACCCAGCUCCAGAAUCAGGAGGUCCUGGAGAGCGACGUGAGACACGUGACGGAGGAGGUGAAGUUCUGCCAGGCGCUGCUGUCCGGGUCGGCGGGCCUGGACCAACGGGACCGGCUGCUGCUGGAGGAAAACCUGCACUGCCUGACGGAGCGGCUGGGAGCUCUGGGCGGCGCUCUGGGCCAACGCUGCGACCACAUGAGGACCAGAGCGCAGGAGCUCACCGCCUACCAGACGGAGCUGCAGCUCCUCCAGACGGCUCUGAUCGAGACCAAGUGUCACAUCCUGCAGGCGCUGGCCGGAGCGAUGGACCGACCCGCCUCCAGGCAGCUGGAGGUCAUCGUCGGCGCCGAGGACGGCCUGAAGGACUUCGAGCAGAGAAUCUCGGACCUGAAGAGCAGGGGGGCGGCGCUGCAGGUGGACCAGGUCUCCACGGACAAGCUGCUGAAGCUGCAGGAUUCGUACGAGUCCCUGGUGAUGACGGUGGGGUCCAGGCGCAGCGGGCUGAACCAGAACAUGGCCCUGAAGGAGCAGUACGAGCGGGCGCUGCAGGACCUCACCGACCUGGUCGACACGGCCAAGGACAAGAUCGCCGCCGACCAGAGGAUCGUGGCCAGCGCCGUGGAGGAGGUCCAGAACCACCUGGACAAGCACAAGGAGUUUUUCCAGGGUCUGGAGUCUCAUAUGAUCCUGACGGAAACAUACUUCAAGAAGAUCAGCAGCCUGGUGCUUCCCAGAGAGAGUCAGGUCCUGGAGGAGACGCUUUCGGAGGCUCAGCGCGUCCUGAAGGAGGCGCACAGCCGCGGGGUGGAGCUGGAGUGCAUCCUGGAGACUUGGUGCCGCCUGGUGCAGGACUACCAGAGUCUGAACCGGCAGCUGGAGGCCGUCGAGGGAUCCGUCCCUUCAGUCGCCCUCGUGGAAGAAUCUGAGGACAGACUGAAGGACAGGAUCUCCUUGUAUCAGGGUCUGAAGGGCCGACUGGCCGAGCACCAGCACAAGCUGCACCAGGUGCUGGAGGAGGGAAAGCAGCUGCUGCUGGCGGUGAGCUGUCCCGCUCUGGAGAACCAGCUGGCCCUCCUGGGGGAACACUGGCUCAACAACACGGCCAAGAUCAACAAGGAGCUGCAGCGGCUGGAGGCGAUUCUGAAGCACUGGACCAGGUAUCAGAGGGAAUACGCUGAGAUCAGCGAGUGGCUGCAGUCGGCUCUGGAGCGGCUGGAGUUCUGGAACACGCAGGCGGUUCUGGUCCCGCAGGAGCUGGAGACCGUCAGAGACCACCUCUCCGCCUUCCUGGAGUUUUCCAAAGAGGUGGAGGGCAAGACGUCCCUGAAGACGUCGGCGGUGUCCGAGGGCAACCAGCUGCUGCGUCUGAAGCGCGUGGACACGGUGGUGCUGCGCUCGGACCUGGCGCGCAUCGACUCCCAGUGGACCGAGCUGCUCACGCGCAUCCCGGCGGUGCAGGAGAAGCUGCACCAGAUCCAGAUGGAGAAGCUGGCCUCUCGUCAUGCCAUAUCUGAGCUGUUCAACUGGAUAGCGCUGAUGGAAAACGUGACUGAGGAGGACGAGGAAAACCUCAAGAGCGCCGUGGGGUCCAACGUGAUUCAGGACUACCUGCAGAAAUACAAGGGGUUCAGGGUGGAUCUGAGCUGCAAGCAGCUGACGGUGGACUUUGUGAACCAGUCGGUCCUCCAGAUCGGCGGCCAGGACGCCGAGAGCAAGCGCAGCGACAAAACGGACUUCGCCGAGCGCCUGGGAGCCAUGAACCGGCGCUGGCAGAUCCUGCAGGGCCGCAUCAACGAGAGGAUCCAGUUCCUUGAGAGCCUGCUGGACAUGUGGCUGGAGUACGAGAGCAGCGUUCAGGCCCUGAAGUCCUGGAUGACAGCGCAGGAGGAACGGCUGAAGCGGAAACACCGGAUAGAGGACCUGACCUCCGUGCAGAACGCGCUCAAGGACUGCCAGGAGAUGGAGGAGUUGGUGAAGGAGAAAGAGAAAGAGCUGGAGCGGGUGGAGGAGCAGGGCUGCGCCCUCGUGCAGAACAAGACCGACGAGGCCUGCGCUAUCGUCAUGGAGACGCUCCAGGUCGUCAAUCACACCUGGGCCAACCUGGACCACCUGAUCGGCCAGCUGAAGAUCAGCCUGACGUCGGUGCUGGACCAGUGGAGUCUGUACAAGCGAGCGUCGGAGGAGAUCAACGGUUAUCUGAUGGAAGGGCGGUACUCGGUGUCCCGGUUCCGCCUCCUGACGGGCUCCCUGGAGGCCGCUCAGCUGCAAGUGCAGAACCUGCAGGAUCUGCAGGAGGAGCUGGAGAAGCAGGAGAGCAGCGUGAGGCGGUUUGGGGCAAUAACCCACCAGCUGCUGAAGGAGUGUCAUCCCUCCGUGUCGGAUUCUCUCAACAACGCCCUCAAGGAUGUGAACGCCAGGUGGAGCGGCCUGCUGGAGGAGAUCACAGAGCGUCUGCGGAGCAGCAAAGCUCUGCUGCAGCUGUGGCAGCGCUACAAGGAGCUGCACGAGCAGAGCUGCAGCAGCAUCGUGCUGCAGGAGGAGAGGGCCGACCAGCUGCUCAAGAGCACCUGCAGCAAGGACAUGGCAGACGAGGAGGUGUCCCGCUGGAUCCACGAGUGCAGCGAGCUGCUGCGGUCUCAGGCUCCGGUGCAGGCCUCGCUUCAGAUCCUGCAGGAACUGGGAGAGCAGCUGAAGCAGCAGGUGGACACAUCUGCAGCAUCUGCCAUCCAGUCAGACCACCUCUCCCUCAGCCAGCGGCUGACGGCCGUGGAGCAGGCGCUGAACCGGCAGCUCACCACCCUGCAGACCGGAGUUCAGGACUACGAAACCUUUAACGAACAGCUGGAGUCGUUGGGCAGCUGGAUAGUGGAGGCAGAGGAGGCUCUGAGGGUGCAGGACCCCAACGGCUGCACCGACCUCACCGUCAUCCAGGACCGCAUGGACGGACUCAAGAAGCUGAUGCUGAAGUUCAGCAGCAUGGCUCCUGAACUGGAGCGCCUGAACGAGCUCGGCUACCGGCUGCCCCUCAACGACUCGGAGAUCAAACGCAUGCAGAACCUGAACCGAGGCUGGUCCACGGCAUCGGCCCAGACCACCGAGAGAUUCAGCAAGCUGCAGUCGUUCCUGCUGCAGCAGCAGACCUUCCUGGAGAAGUGCGAGACGUGGAUGGAGUUCCUGGUCCAGACGGAGGAGAAUCUGGCCGUGGAGAUUUCCGGAAACUACCAGAGUUUGAUGGAGCAGCAAAAAGGCCACGAGCUGUUUCAGGCGGAGAUGUUCAGCCGGCAGCAGAUCCUCCACUCCAUCAUCAGCGACGGGCAGAGGAUGUUGGAGCAGGGCCAGGUGGACGACAGAGAUGAGUUCAACAUGAAGCUGACACUGCUGAGCAACCAGUGGCAGGGCGUGGUGCGGCGCGCUCAGCAGAGGCGCGGCAUCAUCGACGGCCUCAUCCGCCAGUGGCAGCGCUACAGAGAGAUGGUGGAGAAGCUGCGCAAAUCGCUGACGGACGUUUCCCAUCCAGCAAAGGUGCUGCAGGCGGGAGACCCGGUCCCUCUGCAGCAAGCUCGCUCCAUGCUGGACGCCGUGCAGCUGAAGGAGAAGGUGCUGCAGCGUCAGCAGGGCAGCUACAUCCUGACGGUGGAGGCGGGUCGGCAGCUGCUGCUGUCGGCGGACGGCCGGGCCGAGGCGGCGCUGCAGGCGGAGCUGACCGACAUCCAGGAGCGCUGGAAACACGCCAGCAGCUCGCUGGACGAGCAGAAGAGCGAGCUGGCCACGCUGCUGAAGGACUGGGAGAGGUGUGAGAGAGGAAUCGGCGGAUCUCUGGAGAAACUUCGAGCCUUCAAACGACAGCUCUCUCAAACGCUUCCUGAUCACCAUGAGGAUCUGCAAACUGAGCAGAUGCGCUGCCAGGAUCUGGAGAACACGUUUGAGGGCUGGACCGGAGAUUUGGCCCAUCUGGCGGUUCUGAGGGAGUCGCUCUCCUGCUACAUCAGCGCCGACGACCUUUCUGUCCUGCAGGAGCGCGUGGAGCUUCUGCACCGACAGUGGGACGAGAUCUGCCACCAGCUGUCGCUGCGCCGGCAGCAGGUGAGCGAGAAGCUGAACGAGUGGACCGUCUUCAGCGAGAAGUACAAGGAGCUCUGCGAGUGGCUCACCAACAUGGAGAGCAAGGUGUCCCAGAACGGAGACAUCAGCAUCGAGGAGAUGAUCGAGAAGCUUCGCAAGGACUACCAGGAGGAGAUCACGGUUGCAGAGGAGAACAAGCAGCAGCUGCACCAGCUGGGCGAGCGUCUGGCCGUCGCCAGUCACCACGGCAAGGCCGCCGAAAUCGAGCUGAAACUCAACAAGGUCAACGACCGCUGGCAGCACCUCCUGGACCUCGUCGGAGCGCGGGUGAAGAAGCUGCGGGAAACGCUGGUGGCCGUGCAGCAGCUGGACAAGAACAUGAGCAGCCUCCGCUCCUGGCUGGCCCACAUCGAGGCGGAGCUGUCCAAGCCCAUCGCCUACGACUCCUGCGACUUCCAGGAGAUCCAGAGGAAGCUGGACCUGCAGCAGGAGCUCCAGCGCGACAUCGAGAAGCACAGCACGGGCGUGGCGUCGGUGCUGAACCUGUGCGAGGUGCUGCUGCACGACUGCGACGCUUGCGCCACCGACGCCGAGUGCGACUCCAUCCAGCAGGCGACGCGCAGCCUGGACCGCCGCUGGAGGAGCAUCUGCGCCCUGUCCAUGGAGCGGAGGCUGAAGAUUGAGGAGACGUGGCGUCUGUGGCAGAAGUUUCUGGACGACUUUGCUCGCUUUGAGGAGUGGCUGGCCGCCUCCGAGAAGACGGCUGCUCUGGCCAACUCGUCCGGCGUGCUCUACACCGUCGCCAAGGAGGAACUGAAGAAGUUUGAGACCUUCCAGAGGCAAGUCCACGAGAGCCUUACCCAGCUGGAGAUCAUCAACAAGCAGUACCGGCGCCUGGCCCGGGAGAACCGCACCGACUCCUCGUGCCGCCUGAGGGAGAUGUCCAACGACGCCAACCAGAGAUGGGACGACCUGCAGAAGAGGGUGGCGUCCGUCCUGCGGAGGCUCAAGCACUUCAUCUGCCAGAGGGAGGAGUUUGAAACGGCCCGCGACGGGAUCCUGGUGUGGCUGACGGAGAUGGACCUGCAGCUCACCAACAUCGAGCAUUUCUCCGAGUGCGACAUCCAGGCCAAAGUCAAGCAGCUCCGGUCGUUCCAGCAGGAGAUUUCCCUGACGACGGCCCGGAUCGAGCACAUCUUCCACCAGGGCGAGGCCCUGAUCGAGAAGAGCGAGCCGCUGGACGCCGCCGUCAUCGAGGAGGAGCUGGAGGAGCUGCAGCGCUACUGCCAGGAAGUGUUCGGCCGCGUCGAGCGCUACUACAAGAAACUGAUGCGUCUCCCGCUGGCCGACGACGACACGGAGGUGUCGCUGUCGGACCGCGAGCUGGAGCUGGACGAGCCGGGGGAUCUGUCCGGCCUGCCGUGGAACGAGCGCCUGGGCGACGGCUUCCUGUCGCCGCUGCCGUCCUCCGGCCGCUCGGCCUCGCUGGCGGCCCAGCUGAGGACGGAGCGCUCGGGCCGGGACACGCCCGCCAGCGUGGACUCCAUCCCCCUGGAGUGGGACCACGACUACGACCUGAGCCGGGGGCUGGAGAGCGCCAGCCGGGCCCUGAGGGAGCAGACGGGCGAGGACGGGGACCUGCUGCAGCGGCCCGCGUCGGGACUGUCAGGAGACGCCGCCUCGGCAGAGUCCGGCCGCUUCCACCUGCAGACGGACGGCGGGCGUAGCCGCACGCCCACCGGCGCCGAGCUGGACAGCUCGUAUAUGGGCUACAUGCGGCUGCUGGGGGAGUGUCGCGGCAGCAUCGACGCGGUGAAGAGGAUGGGCUCGGAGCUGAAGGAGGAGGAGGACACGGGGCUGGCCGACCCCAGCAGCUCCGAGUCCCAGACGUCAGGCGUGAUCGAGCGCUGGGAGCUGCUCCAGGCUCAGGACCUCAGCAAAGAGAUGCGCAGCAAGCAGAACCAGCAGCAGUGGGACCAGCUGAACUCGGACCUGAACAACAUCUGCACGUGGCUGGAGGAGACGGAGGACGAGCUGGAGCAGCAGCGGAAGCUGGACGUCUGCACGGACAUCCAGGCCAUCCAGCUCCGCAUCAAGAAGCUCAAGGAGCUGCAGAAGGCGUACGACAAGCGCAAGCCCAUCGUGCUCUCCAUCAACCUGUGCAGCGCCGAGUUCCUGCAGUCGGACUCGGACGAGUCCCGGGGGCUACAAGCCCGACUCAAAGACAUGAACAACCGCUGGGACAAACAGGGCGGCCUGCUGGACGAGUGGAGGUCUUCGCUACAGGAGGCUCUCAUGCAGUGUCAGGACUUCCACGAGACGAGCCACGGCCUGCUGCUCUGGCUGGAAAACAUCGACCGCCGGAGGAACGAAGUGGUGCCCAUCGACCCGAUCCAGGACAGCGACACGCUGCACGAGCAUCACAAGAUCCUCACGAAAAUCCGCCAGGAGCUGCUGGACUCCCAGCAGAAGGUGGCCUCGCUGCAGGACAUGUCCCUCCAGUUGCUGGUCAACUCUCAGGGCAGCGACUGCCUGGAGGCCAAGGAGAAGGUCCACGUGAUCGGGAACCGCCUCAAACUGCUGCUGAAGGAGGUGACGCGAGACCUCCGGGAGCUGGCUAAGAUUCUGGACAUCACCAGCAGCCAGCAGGAUCUGUCUUCCUGGUCAUCUGCCGACGACCUGGACACGUCUGGUUCCCUCAGUCCUGUAUCAGGAAGGAGCACGCCGAGCCGGCAGCGAUCGCAACGGGGCAAAUGUAGUCGGUCACAGCCCGGGCCGCCUGCGAGCAGUCCACCCCACAGGUCUCGCAGCGACGCUGGAUCCGCUUCCUGCCCUUCUGACCCGGGGGCUCCGUCGGCUCGUAGGUUCGCGCGGCGCGUCCUCUGGGUGGCGCUGCCCCUCUGGCUCCUGCUGCUCCUGUUGGUGGUCUUCGCCUUCCUGCUGCCACUGUCAGAAGAGGACUACUGCACUCAGUCCAACAACUUUGCCCAUUCCCUUUACCCGAUGCUCAGCUACACUAACGGGCCGCCUCCCGUGUAGGCGCGCCCAACAAUUGCACAAGUAUUGGGAUGGGAGUCCAUGUUGGGAGCAGGAACGAACCUCCAUCCAUCGAUCCUGCAGAAAGACAGCUGCCUUCUACGGUUACUCUCUUCGUGUGUAGCACAUAGGACCAAGCAUCCCACUAUGUUACUCUAUAUAAUACUGUUUCAAUCAUGAAGGACUUCGGGUGCAGCGGUUGAGAAGAACCGGCAGGUGUUGUUCCCGGUCGACACCUGCCGGGCGGACGAACCGUUCCGGGUGCGGAAGACUCGUAGUCGUCCGGAGGAAAAGCACCAAAGUUAAACGCUGAAGUUGAACCUGAGAAUCUGCUUCUACGACAAACAAACACAAAAAAAAUCCAUUUAAUAUAACUUACAUGGCAAUUUAUUUUUUUACUUGUAUUUUGGCAUGUGGUUUUAAUCCCUUCUUUUAUUUACUUAUAUCCACAUUUGUGUCCGUGGCAAACAUUUUUAACUUGAAUUCCUUUUUGAUUUCACUUAACUCUUUUUGAAGCCAAGUGUUUUAGAAAAAGAUGCAAGAGUUGAACCUUUUAACAUCAGCCAUCUUUGGUCUUUAUACAUACUGCUGUUUUUAUUUUUUAAAAGAGUAUCUCAUGUCUUUAAGGUUAUCUUUUGAAAUUCUGACAUAUAGAGCUAUUGUAUAUUUUGUAUGACCGUCAGUUGAGUAUAAGAUGUAUAACAGUCUGGGAUUAUUUAACAUGUGUAAAUAAUGAACAAAACUAAUAUGAGAUGUGUAUGUAUGUAUAUGCAACCAUCAAAAACAAUGAAUGCCAAAUCCUCA